UAAUAUUUACGGUAAAAGAGGAAAUAUUACGCAGCGGCGGAGUCUCCAGCGAACUCAACUGUCACUUCUUCCUCGUUUUCAUCGACGCCCUUCUCUUCAAAUUCUCGGAUCCAUCCUCACCCUUAUCGCCCUCGUUCCAUUUCCUCGCAUUUCUGAGGCAGGUUUUUUGAUCUGAAAAUGGACUCUGCUACCAUGACCUUCUGCAGCAAAUCGGUCUGCUCACCGCCGGGUUUAUUCAUGCGGAGGGUAGGAGGAAUAAGGAGCUCCCAGUGCAGCUUUACGUCAGGAAGUAGAGUUACCUUCCCCGUACAGAGGGUUCAGGCCUCUCGAGUUGGUUCGAAAUCAGGUAAACGUGGGGGAGCUCUUGCUGCUACAUGCAACAGCGAUAAAAUUUUGGUGGCCAACAGAGGAGAGAUUGCUGUUCGUGUGAUUAGGACUGCCCAUGAGAUGGGGAUCCCUUGUGUGGCUGUUUACUCAACAAUUGAUAAGGAUGCUCUUCACGUCAGACUGGCGGAUGAAUCUGUCUGCAUUGGAGAGGCGCCAAGCAAUCAAUCGUACUUGGUGAUCCCAAAUGUCUUGUCUGCGGCCAUCAGCCGUGGAUGUACAAUGCUUCAUCCUGGGUAUGGAUUCCUUUCCGAAAAUGCUGUUUUUGUCGAGAUGUGCAGAGAACAUGGAAUCAACUUCAUCGGACCUAAUCCCGAUAGCAUCAGAGUCAUGGGUGAUAAGUCUACUGCUAGAGAUACAAUGAAGAAGGCUGGAGUUCCAACUGUUCCUGGAAGCGAUGGAUUAUUGCAGACCACUGAAGAAGCAAUAAGGCUUGCAGAUGAGAUUGGUUAUCCGGUCAUGAUCAAGGCAACGGCCGGUGGAGGAGGACGAGGGAUGCGUCUUGCUAAAGAGCCUGAUGAGUUUGUGAAGUUGUUGCAGCAAGCUAAGAGUGAGGCUGCAGCUGCAUUUGGUAACGAUGGUGUUUAUCUUGAGAAGUAUAUCGUGAAUCCAAGACAUAUUGAAUUUCAGGUUUUGGCUGACAAAUAUGGUAAUGUUGUGCACUUCGGCGAGCGUGAUUGUAGCAUUCAGAGAAGAAACCAGAAGUUGCUAGAAGAAGCGCCGUCUCCUGCCUUAACUGCAGAACUGAGGAAAGCCAUGGGUGAUGCUGCCGUAGCAGCAGCAGCAUCCAUCGGUUAUAUAGGUGUCGGUACGAUCGAGUUUCUCUUGGAUGAAAGAGGAUCAUUCUAUUUCAUGGAGAUGAACACGAGGAUACAGGUGGAGCAUCCGGUUACGGAAAUGAUAUCCUCAGUCGACCUAAUUGAGGAACAGAUACGCGUCGCUAGGGGAGAGAAGCUUCGCUACAAACAGGAAGAUAUCGUACUACGUGGACAUUCGAUUGAAUGUCGUAUAAAUGCAGAAGAUGCUUUCAAAAAUUUCAGACCAGGGCCAGGGAGAAUAACAUCGUACUUGCCGGCUGGAGGUCCUUUCGUGCGUAUGGAUAGCCAUGUUUAUCCCGAUUACAUGGUUCCACCUAGCUACGAUUCCCUGCUUGGAAAGCUCAUUGUCUGGGGACCAACAAGAGAGAGGGCCAUCGAGCGCAUGAAAAGAGCUCUUAACGACACCAUUAUUACCGGCGUGCCGACAACAAUUGACUACCACAAGCUUAUCCUUGAGAUCGAGGACUUCAAGAACGGAAAGGUCGAUACAGCUUUUAUCCCAAAACACGAAGAAGACCUUGCUGCGCCCCUCGAAAGUGAAGCGGCGCCGUCCCAGAAACAGCUCGUGAAUACUUCUGCUUGAGUUAACUCCGUCUGCAACCAAUGGUCGAGUAUUGUUUCCCGGCAAGACUGUCGCUUAAUUAAUAGGUGCCGGGCCGUGUUUUUGGCUGUGUGUUUGUUUUUCACAUGCGACCAUCGUCGAAACCACAUUUGAAUGAGGCGCAAUCUUUCUUUAUAGACGGUAGCUCUUAAAUUAUAUAAUUGGAGACCUUUUGUUCCAAGUUUGUGGUUGUAUUCGCUCUUGUUUAACAUUCUUCCAAGUUUAUUUAUUAAUUUACGACGUGAAAAUUCGCAGUUCUAUUCUCUUUCAUUCUUAAA